UUGUCGUAGACGUCUCCAUAUUUCGUUAGGGAACGCCUACUAUGAAUUCCCUUGUGCAGUAACUCAAUUCGGAUUUGCACUCCCAAACAGCGAAAUGUAAAAUUUGUAAAGAAUAACACUUCAUAACAAGUGUAUUGAGAUCAAAUGUUUCAUCGAUGAAAAUGUCGGCCAAAAUCCAUCUCGUUCCCUCUUCUCCCACUACGCGCCAGUUAGGCACCUCUCACUACCAUAUUUGCUUGUGAGUGGAAACGCCAACCGGUUGCUUCACAUUUAUACAUCCAGUGAAAUAUCUGUCUUGUUGUUCUAUCUUUGACAUGAUGACGCGGAGCAGGAAGUGUGUGUUGUUUUGAUUGACGGAAUAUGGUUGAAUAACGAUGAACUAAGAUAAAAUUGUUGAUUUAUUUAAAACAAAAAUACAUUUCUCUUUGCUUUGAAGGUGCAUGGUUGCUCUACAUGUGAAACGCCUGUAUGAGUGACGCACACAACCACAGCACUCCACCAUCAUGGGCCAGCGAAGGAGGGGGGCGGCUGCCCAUGCUCCCCCAGCAAACAGACACCAUGACGGGCUCACAGUAGCUCCCCAGGCCCCAACCAGGAAACACAACAUUUGCAUGGUGUCAGACUUCUUCUACCCCAAUAUGGGAGGGGUGGAGAGCCACAUCUACCAUCUAUCCCAGUGUCUGAUCGAGAAGGGCCACAAGGUGGUGAUCGCCACCCACACCUACGGCUGCAGGAAGGGGGUCCGCUACCUGACCAAUGGGCUCAAGGUCUACUACCUGCCCCUGCAGGUGAUGUACAACCAGUCCACCGUCACCACCUGCUUCCACAGCCUGCCACUUCUGCGCUGUGUGUUCGUCAGGGAACGCAUCACCGUGGUGCACGCCCACAGCUCCUUCUCCGCUAUGGGACACGAUGCACUGUUCCACGCCAAGACCAUGGGCCUCAACACGGUGUUCACUGACCACUCCCUCUUCGGUUUUGCUGACGUCAGCUCGGUGCUGACCAAUAAGCUGCUGGCUGUGUCUCUGUGCGAUACCAAUCACAUUGUGUGCGUGUCAUACACCAGUAAGGAGAACACAGUGCUCAGGGCAGGCCUCGACCCCGAGAUUGUUUCUGUCAUCCCCAAUGCCGUCGACCCCAGAGACUUCACCCCCGACCCCUCCCAACGGCAUGACGACAGGAUCACCAUCGUUGUGAUCAGCCGUCUCGUCUACCGCAAAGGAAUAGAUCUUCUGGGAAGGAUCAUCCCAGAGCUCUGUCUGAAACAUCCAGAUGUACAUUUCUUGAUUGGUGGAGAGGGACCAAAGAGAAUCGUGUUGGAGGAAGUGAGAGAGAAAUACCAACUACACGACAGGGUGCAUCUCCUGGGGGCCCUGGAGCAUAAGGAUGUGCGUGGGGUGUUGGUCCAGGGACAUAUCUUCCUCAACACCUCCCUGACUGAGGCCUUCUGCAUGGCCAUAGUGGAGGGAGCCAGCUGUGGACUACAGGUGGUAAGUACGCGUGUUGGAGGGAUCCCAGAGGUUCUGCCUGAGCAUCUGAUCACCCUGUGCGAGCCAACCGUGCAUUCUCUGUGUUUCGGCCUGGAGAGUGUCAUCGCUAGGCAACUAUCGGGCCGCGUUGACUCCCCCGCCACCAUCCACGCCCACGUCCGCACCCUGUACACCUGGAGGAACGUCGCAGAGAGAACAGAGAAGGUAUAUGAUUGCGUCGCUGGGAAGGAGGUUCUUCCUCUGGACAGACGGCUGCUCAGACUGAGGGCCCACUGUGGCCCCGUGGCAGGCUCCAUCUUUGCCCUCUUUGCUGUUCUCGACUUCCUCUUCCUGCUCCUCCUCCGCUGGCUCCUCCCAGACCGCCUCAUAGAUAUUGCCAUGGACGCCACGGGCCCUCAGGGGUUGUGGAGGCGGGGCUUGGGCGAUAGGAAAGGAACUCGCUCUAAAAGUGCCGUCUUGACAAAGGAGUCAAGUGGUCACAAGACCAAGCUCUGAUCACAACUCCAAGCAGGCACAAAUCCUUAUCCUCAAUUGUUAUAUAACUCCUGAAAAUACGGAUGUUUUUUUUUAUUUUUUUACUUGAUAUCUGAUCGCACUACCUUAUGACCUGUGGAGACUGACCACCCGUUGCAGAAUGUUUCAGGGGGAACCUGUGUGCUUUCAAUAGGAUUGUUUGUUUUUUUAAAUUAUUUUUUUGUUUUGUUUUCCUCUAUAUAUUUAAUGUAUUAUUUCUUAAACUUUAUAUGAUCAAAAGGAUCAAUACUUUGCAGUUAUGUAUCUUUUGUAAUGUUAUUUCUUUAUUAUUUUUUUUAAUUCUUCUGAGUGGCAGAAUCAAAUCAAAUAAAAUUGUAUUUGUCACAUGCGCCGAAUACAACCGGUGUAGACCUUA